GUCGGCCAUUGCGAGUCACGUGGCGCGUUGCCGUGGGAACGGGAACGGACGCUGCACGCAAAGAGCUGAGGCAGCAAGUCUCAACUCGGCAUUGGCGACGCGACGAUGCCGUCCCUGGACGAGGACGACCACCGGCAAGACGAGGAGCAGGAUGGAGACGUUGAGCAACAACAACAACAACAACAGCAGCAGCAGCAGGAGCAUCAACAACAACAUCAGCAUGAGGAAGAGCAGGGCUUGGCGAGUGAUGGGGAUGCGGGCCAGCUGCAAGUGCCCAGCAAAGACAUGAGGCCACUCAUAGCGCUCAUCAUUGAGAGAUUCGAAGUGACAGAUGAGAGUGAAGAUCAAGUGAUCGUCUCUUACCAAGGUGGUAAUGUCUAUAGCGGUUCUUUCUGCAACAACAUGAUGCAUGGGAAGGGAAAGUACGUGUGGGCAGAUGGUGUGGAGUUUGAGGGUGACUUUUGGCUGAAUGCAAUGGUGGGAAAUGGCACCUACCAAUGGCCAGAUGGAAGCAAGUACACUGGCAACGUGGAGAAUGGGGUGAGGCAUGGGCAGGGUACCCUGACCGUGUCAAAGCCCUUUGUUUCAUACAGUGGACAAUGGUAUGCCAGCGAGAGACAUGGCAAGGGAAUUUUGUAUUAUGAUGAGAAAAAGGAGUCUUGGUAUUGCGGAGAAUGGCAUCACAACAUGCGACAUGGAUGGGGAAUUAGAAGGUAUUCUUCAGGAAACAUAUACGAAGGGCAGUGGCUGAACAAUGAACGGCAUGGGGAGGGUUGUAUGAGGUGGGUCACAUCGAUGCAAGAGUACAAUGGCCAAUGGAAGCACGGAAAGCCGGACGGCAGGGGGACACACAAGUGGCUGGUGAAGCGUGUUGGGUGCUCCCAGUAUCCGAUGUGCAACGAGUACGAUGGCGAGUGGGCAGCCGGGCACCGUCACGGGCAGGGAGAGUUUCUGUACGCGAGUGGGGCACGGUACAAGGGGGAGUGGAGUCAGGAUCGCAAGCAUGGCUCGGGAACGUUUACGUCCAAGAGCGGUCAAAUCUACGAAGGAUCUUUUGUGGAGGACGUAAUGGUAGGAUGUUCUCAAAACACUGUGGGUGAGAAUGGACUUUCAAGAGCAGAUGCAUCUCUUCCAACAAAACCUCACUUGGAGGAUAAAGAGAGCACUGCGGAGGGAGGGGCAAUGCUACAGAGUUCACACGUGGAUCUGGAUUUGGCACGGCUAUUGCAAAAGUUUCCAGCUGACAAGAGGGAAGCCGAGUACACACAGGUGCAGUUGGUGGUGCUGCAGCACAUGGCAGCACUGCGCAGAACGUACAGCAAAUACAGCGGGCUGGGUGUAACGCACUCCCCAGACAACACGUUCAUCCUCAGUCGGAUGCAGUGGUGGCGUCUCCUCAAGGACUGUCGGGUGCAUGUCGAGGGCCCUUCCUUGGCACAGGUCGAUCGUCUGCUUUCCACUUUUGAAGAACCCCUAGAUCAGAUCCACUACCCUAAUAAACGACUGCUCAUGAGGCAAUUCUUGAGCAACUUGACCGCCCUGGGAUACCACAUGUAUCACACAGACUACGCGGGCAAAAGUGGUGAACUGGCCUGGUGUUUGUCACAGCUCAUGAAUAAUGCCAUCCUCCUGCACGCAUGCACCAUCAGGGGAUCGGUGUUUGGAGAGGCUUGGCGUGCCCAGACUGCUCUAGAGUACGCAUCGAAGAGCUGGGAUAUCUACAGCAGCCUUUGCAAAACCAACUUAUAUUCCCCGCACGAACCAAUUCUCACUGCACGGAACUUCUUGUGGAUGCUGCAGGAAUUUAAGCUCAUCUCCAAGUCACUCUCAGCAGAAAAAGUCGUGGAGAUUUUGAGUCUGGACAAUCCGGCAAUAUCAGAUGGGGCGUCCUGCAAUCUUCAAUACGAGCUCACCUUUCUGGAGUUCUUUGAGGCUCUGGCAGUAUGUGCCGAGGUGAGCGUGCCGGAAAGGUCGGAUGGCCGAACUGCUGUGGAGCCCUGCGCCGAGGCAAACUUGGCUCACAGCUGCAGUGGUGCACGUGCGAGAUGGAGCCAGAGGGAAUCGGAUCCACAGCAGCGAUGGGGCCGGUGGAAACUCGAAGAGCCGCAAAUGGCUCUGCCAGUGGACAAGAGUCAAGAGUCCACUACGCAAGAAUUCACGACGCAAGAGUCAUCACAGGCUACAACCCGAGAGUGGAGUCCCACGAAUCGUUAUGAUGAUAAUACUGUGAUUGAAGAUGCCUGGAAAAACCAGCUGUCCGCGUUUUUUGUGGAGAAACUGUUUGGAGCAUUUGAACGUAACGAGGCCCUGAAGGCUGCGGCCAAAAAGGAGCAAGACCAGGAGGCUGAUCGUGCUUACAAUGAAAACAUCAAGGUCCGGCAGGCAUGGGAGCAGCGAAUGGCUCUGGAGAUGGAGGCAAUGCACGCUGUGGAACGAGACGGACUAAACGAACAGGGAGCAACUCUCCCGUGGGAAGAUGGGGCAAUGGUGCGGCCCGAUGAACCUCCCAGCAAGGAGCAAGAGAGACCCGCCAACUCCCCAGCUGUUACAAAGUCGACGUCUGCGGUGAAAGUUGCUCUCAACUCGAAGCCACAUUCCGCCAAGGACAAGAAGAAAAAGAAGUGACCACAUUCGUAGUGCCUUUGAUGUAUUCUUAAUAAUGUUUAUUUUAAACAGCCUUUAUUAAGAAACGUCUCAAGAAUAUUUUCACAAGGGUCUUGCAUAGGAAUGUUCGGCAGAAAUGUGUUGACCUUUUUUUUUUUCAUGUGUUAAGAAAUUGGCAUUCUGAGAAUCCCUAUGCAUGUAAGGAAACAAUGGAUACAAGUCAACCAAGGCAGGUUUAUAAGACCCACUUGCUAUUCUGCUGUCUGCAAACCACCUCAGACGAGCUUGUGAAGGAGUUUCAACACUCAAAAUAAGCGAUUCAGCAAAAAGUUAAACUACGGUCCAGUCGAUUCAUGAUUUAGUUGACAAUUUUAUACAAAGGCUUUCAAGACCAAUGUUAAGAUUCACAACACGCCACAGCCACAGCUGAGCUUCUGGUUGUAAUCUCCAGCGAAACAGCGUAUACGAUUUGUCAAAUUAUUGUUUGCUUUUCAAUGUUCCGGUUUGCUGAAGAACAAAUUCACUUGGCACAUUUAACCACGUGCUCUGUCGGGUGGUGGGGGGUUAUAUUUAAUCUGAAAUUAUACCUACAUGAUCUGACUGAGAAAUAAACGAAUUAUGAAUCGUU